AUGGAUAAAUUUGUUUGGGGCAGUAGGAUCCCUCUCAAGAUUUCUUUCUUCGUCUGGAAGUUGACUCGGGGAUGGGUGCCCUUGGAGGUGGUCCUGGAGAGGAGAGGCUUCUCUAUGAACUCUCGUUGUUCUUGCUGUCAGGCUGCGGAAGAGUCCAUCCUACAAGUGUUUGUGACUGGUCCGGUAGCGAAGGAGGUGUGGCGACAUUUUCGGAGACGAUUUGGGAUUCUGGACGACCCUUCCUCAUCUGUCUCAGUCACGCUCCUUUCAUGGUUUUACUCGACGUCUAGGGUGGCUUUGGGACAUACACGCACUAUUAUUCCAUUACUAGUGUUAUGGUUCCUAUGGAAGAGGAGGAAUAAAGCACGAUAUGAAGGAAUUCCUUCUUCGGCACGAGAUGUGGUUUUCAUGGUGGAGCAGUUUGUCAAACAGCUGGGGAGGGCUGGGAUACUAUCAGGGGCCAAUUUCAGGGGUGACCCGGAGGACCCUUGGGCCCGCUGGGCAGUACCUGGGCGGCUGAAGUGGAGAGCGUUGCCAGUCUCCUGGUCGCGACCUCCGUUGCAGUGGCUCACACUCAAUACGGAUGCUAGUGUCAGCCAUGGUAGAGCUUAUGGGGGAGGUUUGUUGCGUGACUCUAAUGGCCGGCUAGUUUUCGCUUUCUACAAGGAGUUUGGGGAGCUGGAUGUACUAACGGUAGAAAGCGCUUCACUGUUGUAUGGGCUCCAACGGUGUUCGGAUGGGCUUAAAGAGGGCCUGAUGGUACAAGUCGACUCGGAAAGUCUAGUUCAAUUGCUCAAGUCAUCAGCUAUAGCCAAGUGGCCACUCUGCAACACGAUUAGAAGGAUACGAGCGCUACUUCUCUUUUUUCGGCAUCGGUCCAACACAUAUUUCGGGAGGCGAAUUCCAUUGCUGAUAUGCUAUCUAAACUAA